CUCUUCCCCCUUCCCCGCCCGCAGCAGACGUGAUACUAAAGCCGCCUGGGCCAGCUGCCUUAAAUAGAAGCUGCCGGCAUGGAGCAAGAGACAGCGGCCCAGGCCUUGGAGCAGGUGCCAUCAUUGAACAAUGGCCUCCAGCAUCAGGAAGAAACAGGCUCCGCCUUGUCUCUGAACAUUGAGAAAUCUGCUUUGAAAGCCAAUGUUGUUGUACAGAAAGCCAAGGAUUUGACUGCCAGUGACAAAGAAGUGAACUUGAUUAUGACAAAUGUAGUGGCAGAUGGCAGAACUGAGAGGUGGAAUCCAGAGCCAACUGUGUUUGAUGCUGAGACUGCAACACACAUUGGCAAAGUGACAGCUGCAGAUGCCGUUGCUGCUGAAUUUGAUUUCAAGUCAACCCAUUCAGAGACCAAAGAGUUGGACACAGCUCACAGCAACAGUGGAGCAGGCCAUGACAUGAUGUCCCAAGGUAGGAUUAAGGAUCGGAAUACCACAGCCAGCACACGGAUUUCAGAAGAUACGGGUCAGUUUAACAAAGGCACAGUCCUGGGUCCCAUCACAGGAGUAACAUCAGAGGACACAAAGCUCAAACAGGGCAAACAGGAAGAUGAUGAUGAUGUCAUUUCCCUUGACUGUGAAAUUCUUGGGUUUGGUGGUCCUGAGUUCCUGGGCCCAGAUGCUGAAAUCUAUAUGCAGUUCAUGCGGAGUCAUCGCUGUUAUGAUGCUAUUCCCACCAGUUCCAAACUGGUUGUGUUUGAGACCACUCUGCAGAUUAAAAAGGCAUUCUUGGCCAUGGUGGCUAAUGGGGUACGAGCCGCUCCACUUUGGGACAGCAAGCAGCAGUGCUUUGUGGGUAUGCUGACCAUCACUGAUUUUAUUAAUAUCUUACAUCGCUAUUAUCGAUCUCCUCUGGUCCAGAUAUAUGAGAUUGAGGGGCACAAAAUUGAAACUUGGAGAGAGGUGUAUUUGCAGGGUUCCUUCAAGCCUUUGGUGCACAUUUCUCCAAACCACAGCCUCUUUGAUGCAGUUUAUUCCUUGAUUAAGAAUAAGAUCCACCGGCUGCCUGUGAUUGAUCCCAUCUCGGGGAACGCCCUGCACAUCCUGACCCACAAGCGUAUCCUCAAAUUUCUGCAUAUCUUUGUGAGUGCUGGGAAGGCCUAGGAGGUCCGGAGUGCUGCUGCAGUGUGAUGACUCUACUGAAUUGUUUCCUUAAGGGUUUGUUUGUCCACCUGCACUGGAAAUGC